UGCCGCACAUGGUUACUGUCAGGGGUAUUAUUUUCCUCCUGCCGCACCAAGGAGAGGAAGCAUGUUCCAGGUGCCCAGCAUUACACAGCUUCGCCGCACUCUCUAGUCCAGCCACCACGCUCCAAGCGCUCCCCAGAGGACUGGGAGAUUUACUCAGGCUGUGGGCCAGACGAGUGGUCCCUGGUGCAAGUCCCACGGGGGGGUCUCAGUGGGAUGGUCGCUUCUCAGCUUCGGAGGCCGGAAAGACAGGAGCGAUAAAGCGGCGAUGUCAGGGGCCGCCUUGUGACUUUGCUGGAUGCAACUCCACACUUUGGAUAUUUAUGAAGACCCCACACCCCCCACCAGCAGGAGCAAGAACACCUGAUAUGCGUACAGAUAUGUGUUUGCUAAAACCCGGUGGAAGAAAAUAAGCAGCUUCCCUCUUUCCUUCCCUCCAGCAGCAUUUACCACGGUAAAGCAGGUUUUAUUCCACGGUGGAAUUGCCGAACUCUUCAGGUUACCGCGAAAACUCCUUAGUGCCCGGUGGAGGCACCAUGAAAGAGAGCCACAGCGGAUAUGAAAAUCAGCUCUUUAAAGAGGAAGAUCUGACAGGGGAAGACGAAGAGAUGCCUUCAUUUAGAGGAAGGACGCGGGGAGGUUGUGUGAGGUGCCAGCAGACACAGUCGCUGCAGUUGGCAGUCAAAGUGCUCUACGGAUUCUUCGCUUUCCUCAUCGUAACAGUGGCUGUGCUGGCAUCUCUUGUCUUCAGAAAGGUGGACUAUUUAUCUGAAGAAGAAUCUUUCUACCAAAAGAAAAUUGUGAAGGUACAGGAAAGUAUACAAGAUCUCAGCUCAGCCAGCAACUGCUCUGACAAUGAUGGUACUGUCCGCUAUGGUGAUGAGAUCGGCAAGCUCAAAAAGGAGUUAGAGGACAUUCAGAAACUGAUCCUGGGUCAGGAGCAGACGCUGGCUCAAGCUACCCAGACACAGCAGAGUUUAACGGUAUUCAGCAACAGGAUGGCACGGGACAUGCAGAAUUACUCCAUGGCAUUUAAGCUGGUAAAUCAGUCCUUGCAGAGCUACCUGGGUCAGGUUAAUGGCUGGAAGGUGGUCAUCAGUGAAACGGACGAAGCCAUGAGGACUCUUGUGCAGGAUCAGUAUGAUAUAAAGGCAACGGUACUACAGGUCAACAGCACAGUGGAGGUCAGCAAGCUGUGGAUUGAUGCCAUCCAGCGGAAGGCCGAUGAGGAAGCCACUGUUCUGCAAAAGUUGACAAGAGACUGGCAGAACUACAGCAAAACCCUGGGGUCCCUAAAGUCCAACUCCAGCACUAUCAGCCAGUCGGUGAGAAGCAUCCAAAAUGGGAUUUCUGCCACACACCAGAGGAUCAGCAUGAGCUCUGAAAUGGUACAUGAUCUCACGCUGCAGGUCAUGAACCUGCAGAUGCAGCUGGACAAUGUAACAUCAUUCAUAGAUGAGCAUGAAGAGAACACAAAUGACCUCCAUUACCACUCCAAGUAUUAUGAGAACAGGACCAGCGAGAGGUUUGCAACUCUGGAGGCCAGAAUGAAUUCCAUCGAGAUGGAGAUCGACACCAUCUCCUCCAGCAUCAACGCCACAGUUAGCCAUGUGCAAAGCAUGUACAAGUACAUCAACAUAGAAAGCACAUCAUGCCAGUCCAGGCUGGGAAGCCAUACGGAAGAUCUUCACAACCUCAACAAUACGGCCUUGCUCCUCCUGCACCUUGCAGACACCCUCAGGCAGCAGUACAUGCAGCUAAGCAUUCGACUGGACGUUGAUGUCAGAAACCUAUCCAUGGUCAUGGAGGAAAUGAAACUUGUUGACACGAAACAUGCUCAGGUCAUCAAGAACUUCACGAUUCUGAAAGGUGCGCCAGGACCCCCAGGUCCAAAAGGUAACAAAGGAGAUGUUGGAAGCAAGGGACCAAUGGGUUUGACAGGCAUCAGAGGGUCUCGGGGACUUCCAGGGGUCCGUGGAGCCCAAGGUGAAAAGGGCUUAAUGGGCCCCAAAGGAGAUCCAGGAGAACCUGGUCCACCUGGGGUUAAAGGCAGCCCUGGGCUCAAAGGUGCCAAAGGAUCACUAGGGCAACCAGGGCUUCAGGGUGAAAAAGGUCAGAAGGGUGACAUGGGAGUUAUGGGUAAAGACGGACCUCCAGGCCCCCAAGGACCACCAGGAUUACGAGGCCUUCCGGGUCCUCCUGGAAUUCCUGGUCUUCCGGGACCCAGAGGGAAACCAGGACUCACAGGUCCACCCGGCCCCCGUGGUUCUCCAGGCCCUCCGGGGGAUUCACUGUCCAUCUCCUGAAGGGACCAUUCCAACCUUGGUUCCUCAACUAAAAUGAAAGAAGGCACAUUCUGUACAACCAUGUACAUUGAAAACGUAACAUUAGGGGACUGUUUUCACCAGGGAUUGCCACAGUGGUCCACGUACAUGUUCAAGUUACCUUCCUCUCAGUGGAUGCUUUUUAGUGCCUCCUUGCAGUUAAGCUUCAACAUAUGGUGCAGCCUUCCAACCUCAAACUGUAGAACAUUCAAGGGCAAAGAAAAAACAUUUUGGUAAUAUGCUUCCUUUGCCUGAGUCGCCAAAAGUGUCAAAAUUUGAAGAAGACCUUGCAUUCAGAUUCUUAAAUGGACAAUACAGCAAUUGUUUAUGUGCAUACACAAAGAUUUCACACGGCAUCUAUGAGGAUGCAUUGUUACAAUGUGGGUUUACAUUAUAUCAGAAUGCACUUUUUCAAAAAUAAAGGAAAUAUGCUAUUCGUUGCUGGUUUAUAAUGUUAAAUUCUGUCUCAUGGCACCUUAAUGGUAGGGGGCAUGGUGGUAUAUAACAUAAUAUAAGAGG